AUGGCUCUCAACAGGUGUCUCAAACAGGGCGGGAAUUGUCUCAAGGGUCGGGACAUCGCCGAUUUCGUGUACGGGAUAUCUGAAGAAGGUGUCACGGGGAAACUGAUCGUGGAUGCCGAUGGAAGUCGUCACGUGUCCUUCAUGUUGCAUAACAUACAGGGAGAUAACUACGUGCCUGUCGCCAGGAGUGAACCAGGGGGUAAAGGAUUCUCGUUUAUAAAAAGCGAUGCCGGUGCUACUGGGGGCGUCAUCUGGCCUGGUGGAAGCAAGAAGAUACCCCUCGACGAACCGGUUUGUGGGUGGAAUGGAGAAUUGUGUAUUGAAGACGUGACACCUCUUGUGACUGGGUCGGUGUUCGCGGGACUCAUCGUGGUCGUCUUUCUGUCAGUGGUGGGCUAUUACCUGUGGAUGCGCAAAGUGAAGCAGAUGUGGCUUGAGAGAGAGGAUUGGAAAAUAAACUCCGAUUGUCUUAUGGCAGUUAACAGUCAUCGCUCUCUGCAUAGCAGCAGGAGCCUGCUGGACAGCAAGUCCUCCUCGGCGAGUAUCCACUCGGGUGACCGCCACUCGGGGCGGGGCAGUGUGAGUAGCAAGGAGGCCAGACUGGGUAUUUCCUUUGCCAUCUACGAUGGACAGAUGGUUACAGUGAAGUCCCUGAUUAAGACUAACGUGUUAGUUACCAAGGAGAUAAUCAUGGAAAUUAAUGCAGGGAUGGUGUACCUUCACAGCUCUAUGGUGGAAUCUCACGGCUGUCUCAAGUCUCCCAACGUCGUCGUUGACAGUCACUGGAUAUGCAAAAUCUCUGAAGUCGCCAUGAGGAACAUCACGCAAACUAACUUGGAGUCCAGGGAGCCGUCUUUGAACACAUUUAAAAAUCUGUGGACAGCCCCGGAACUGCUGCGUAACCCAAUGAUUUACCCAAAGGGAACGAAGAAAGGCGACGUCUAUGCUUUUGCCAUCAUUCUGCAAGAAAUAGUUACCAGAACCUGGCCAUAUGGAGAUAUGUUGACUGGAGAGAAUGACGACCAAACUGUGAAAGAUAUUGUUCAGAAGGUGAAGAAUGGCGAGAUACCGCCCUGUCGCCCCCAUGUUCCUCAAAUGUACAUAGAGGAACCGAUCCUGGCUGAGGUGAUCCGUAUCUGCUGGGAUGAGGUUGCCGCGAGUAGGCCGACGUUUGAAAACGUCCUCAAUCUGACCAAGAAACUCAACAAGGGAAAGAACCCGAACAUCGUGGACCAGAUGAUUCACAUGAUGUCCAAGUACGCCGAGCAACUGGAGGAGAUGGUGGAGGAACGAACCCAGAGACUCACGGAGGAAAAGAAGAGAACAGAGGAAGUACUGUCCUGGCUGCUGCCAAAAUCUGUGGCGGAAGAUUUAAAACUUGGAAAAGAAGUUAACCCAGAAUCCUUUGCGUCUGUGACGGUUUUCUUCUCGGAUAUAGUUGGCUUCACCAAACUGGCAGCAGAAAGUACGCCUCACCAGGUGGUGAAUCUACUAAACAACCUCUACACAAUGUUUGACUACAUCAUUAACUCAUUUGACGUCUACAAGGUAGAAACGAUCGGCGAUGCAUACAUGGUUGCCAGUGGUCUUCCUAUCAGAAACGGGAUUUUACAUGCAGGGGAGAUUUGUUCCAUGGCGCUCAAACUGCUCAGUUCCAUAGUGAACUUCAAGAUAGCUCACAGAUCCAACAAGCAACUUCAGCUGAGAAUCGGUGUACACACAGGUCCCGUGGUGGCCGGUGUUGUUGGACUAACUAUGCCGCGAUACUGUCUGUUUGGGAACACCGUCAACUACGCAUCCAGAAUGGAGUCUUCUGGACUAUCACUGAGAAUUCACGUAAGCCCUGACACAAAAACGUUACUGGAUGAACUCGGUGGAUACUAUCUCAAAGUAAGAGGGGAUGUCGUUUUGAAGGGACUUGGAACAAUCACAACGUUUUUCCUUCAAGGUAAGAAAGGCUUCACGGAACCUCUACCGAACGUGGAUUUUCCAGCAUCAACUGAAGAUCACGAAUUCGCAUAA